GACACGCUCCUGUACUGGUCACGCAAAUGACUGCAUUUCAUUUCUUUCCUCACAGCAAGCUUGUUAGCACCUUCCAUUUGUGACACUGAGAUAGCGACAGCUUAUUUCCUUUACUUAAAGCUGCUCUUAUGUGUCAGCUGUGCGGUUGUGCACUGUGAGCGCGUCGGUCAACAACGCCGCUUGACCGCUUGACUGCCGCUUUCGCUUACGGGCAUUUCCAAAGCUUCUGCUGAUUUCUUCUGCCUGCACCUUGUAUUUGUUGUGUUCAUCAGGAUCUAGCCUAUCUCUGCCUUGUUGAGUACAAAUAGCCCCAAGUACUGAUUGCUGCUGGUUUGCUCAGUCCAGAAUCUGCAAUCGCUCCAGUUAUUUUCUGCAGGCCUCACAAAUGCAAUGAGUCUUGGUGAAUGCAUCACUGUUGCCAUAGUGGCAUGCCAGGCCCCUUCCAAGGUCGUCGGUCAGGUCAAGGUUGGCACGCAGUGCUGCCUGCCUCUGGCUGACAAGUCUGUCGGGUGCUCCCUAAGAGCACAGAAGGUGUCGAGGAGCAUGCAGACUGCAGAGGCUGUGGAUCAGUCCAGCUCCACCUCAGGGAGGCAUCAUGACUUCCCACCAACGGUCAAGCACGAGGAGUUGCAGCAGGGCCAACUCUACCAUUGUGACUGUUGCAACUAUGCGACUGCCAGGUUGUCCGCUCUCAUUGUACAUGAGUGCAGGUGCACAGCAUCAGGGCCUUCUAUUUCUCCAUCAACAGCCGAGGGUGACCAGGGAUGCCUCUGCAGCCGUCACCUCUGCGAACAUCAAACUAAAUAUCUGCAUGACCUUGAAAUGCACACCAGGAUUCAUACUUGCGAGGGUUCGUUUAAAUGCCAUUUGAGCCCUCAGAGCUUCUCGCAAAGGUCCAUCGUGAAAGGACAUCUGCGCACCCACACAUGCAAGAAGCCAUUUCAGUGCUCUUCGUGCCCUCAGAGUUUCUCACGAAAGACCACUUUGAACACACAUCUGCGCAUCCACACGGGUGAGCGUCCCUUUAAAUGCCAUUUCUGCCCUCAGAGCUUCUCACAAAGGUCCACCCUGGAAGGACACCUGCGCACCCACACAUGCGAGAAGCCAUUUCAGUGCCCUUCAUGCCCUCAGAGUUUCUCACGAAAGACCACUUUGAACACACAUCUGCGCAUCCACACGGGUGAGCGUCCGUUUAAAUGCCAUUUCUGCCCUCAGAGCUUCUCACAAAGGUCCACCCUAAAAGCACACCUGCGCACCCACACAUGCGAGAAGCCAUUUCAGUGCCCUUCGUGCCCACAGAGUUUCUCACAAAAGGCAAAUUUGAACACGCACCUGCGCAUCCACACGGGUGAGCGUCCGUUUAAAUGCCAAUUGUGCCCUCAGAGCUUCUCACAAAGGUCCACACUGACAGCACACCUGCGCACCCACACCGGCGAGAAGCCAUUUCAAUGCUCUUCGUGCCCUCAGAGUUUCUCACAAAAGACCAGUUUGAACUUACACCUGCAAAUUCACACAGGUGAAAAGCCAUUUUCCUGUCCCUCAUGCCCUAAGAAAUUUCGGAAUAGUGUAGAUUUUAACAGGCACCUGCGCAUCCACACAGGCACCUGCGCAUCCACACAGGCACCUGUGCAUCCCCACAGGUAAGAAGCUAUUUUAGUGCCCUUUUUGCCUCGGAGUUUCUCAUACAGAACCAGUUUGAACAUACACCUGAAAAUCCACACACGCAAAAAGCCAUUUCACUGUCCCUUGCGCCCUAAGACAUUCCGGAAUAGUGUAGAUUUUAACAUGUACCUGCGCAUCCAUACGGGUGGAAAGCAAUUUCAGUGCCCUACGUACCCUCAGAGUUUCUCGCAUAAAAGCCAUUUGACCGUACACCUGCGCACCCACACGGGCGAGAACCCAUUUCAGUGCCCUUCAUGCACUCGGAGAUUUUCGCAGAAGAGUGCCAUGAAGCGACACCUGCGCACUCAUACAGGUGACCGACCACACCGCUGCACCGUCUGCUCCGUCUUUUGUGCGGGCUGAUGUCUUGAGUGAACAUAAAGAAAGAAAACACCCUGACACUGUAGAUUAAGUCAACGGCCAUGUUGAACUAGCCUGAAUUAGGAAUCUAUAGAACAGCAGCGGUAGUUAAAUGCUAGAGCACCUGCCUUGUGUGGUAGGUCCUGGGUUCGAAUCUCGGUGUAGCAGGAAACGCACUGGUUUUUCAAAUGUGUUGAGAUGUACAACGACCUCGCGCUAGGUUGUUUAUGUGUGUUCUCUGAAAGGACUGAAAGGCACCCCUGAAAAGCCGGACUUCCCUGAAACGCCUCCCUUAGCUUAUAGCCGUGCUUCCUACCCACCGAGCCGCUGCUGCAGUCCUGACUUCUGACCUAUUUCACAGGCAGAUAUGCUACCUAGGUCUCGAUUGCAGGCCGUAUGCAUUUUUUAAUGGAAUCAAACUCGUUAUUUCGGGGAUAUUUGGCCGCACAUUGCACUCUCGGAGCCCCGCAAAGGUGUGACGCAAAAGAGCAAAAAUGGAGCUAGCAUCCAACCUAAACGGAGCGGCGGAGUCCGCAUCACCGUAGUUAUCAGCAUAAAUCAUACAUGAACGAUAGGAAUGCCAGAAUGCUUAUUGCCUAUUUGUGCCUGUAUAGCCUUCAUUCUUGCGUUCACUGCAGCUUAUAACAAUUCAUUCAUUCGUGUUCAUUCAUAGAUGUGUUGGCACCAUCCAUCAUUGCAUCGAUAGCAACCAUGAUUUCAUUCACAGCACUUGCGGCAAACAGUAGUUUGGUUUUCACUCAGUAACAACGGUUGCGCACGCAAUGUCACAAACACAGCGGCAGCGGUCGAGGAUGAGCUCUGGCUACAUUGCGAUAGACGGACAAUCUGUUGGCGACCGACUCGGGGGCGGAAAAAUAAUUGGGAUGUCCACGUGGCGGUGAAAUGCGUGUCUUGAAUGGAAACGUGGCCGCCCUGCAAAGGAAGUCGCGAGGCCUUAGCUGCUGCGAGCACUGAUAAGUCAUGCAAUGACGAGAAUUGCAGCUUUCACACUGCAUUUCUGCAAAAUAGGAACAGGAUUUGCUGAUUCAUUCUGUAAAUAAAAGCAUGUUGCCCUAGUAAGCAUGUGUUUAUUAUUUUGUUGAUACCCUCGAUAAUUAGGCAUUCGGUUAAUUCAGAGGUUCUUUUUCUCGGUACCGUGAAAUCCGAAAUAGCGAGGCUUUAUUGUAUACUAGUACAAGCUAACUACAGCUUUCAAAAAAAAAUUAAAAGGAAGUUUCAGAUUCUUGAACAACCUUGCCAGGCUUCAGCACUAUGUGACAUCAUGGGCCACCUUUCAUAAAAUUAAUUGGAAAGUUGUUAUUGCGAAAACGAAAUACUUGAAAGAAAUAUUAUCAAAUGCACUUCCUUUACUUUUAAAUGAACAUAAUAGAACUGGAAUUGAUAUUUUAACCACUGUACAACGAAACCUAAAGAUUUCUUUUUCUCGAUGUCACUAAGUAAUUUCCAUCUGUGUAGUAGCGAAUCGACACAUCACUUUUACUUCCUUAAUGCACAUAAGUUUUUGUUUGAUCUAUGCAUUUUGUCGCACUCUUUUUUGGUUUGCUAUCUGGGUAAAGGGACAAUACAGGCAAAUAUUAAGUCAAGUUAAAGUGAUAAAUUAGUGCACGAGAAGCUCCAAGGCAUCAAAAUUAUCACGGACAGAGCCUUAGUUAUCGAGAAAUUGAGGUAAAUGCAGGACACGAUUGGAGACUCCCCCGGGACAUUCAAGUACUUUCCCGAUGAUGAAGGCACUCCUCAUUUGUAUUCUGUCACUAGUAGUCAACCACUCGGUAUAUUAACAUCGUUGUAUUGCAUUAUUAGGUAAAAGAAAUUGCUUCUUGUGCAGUUCUAUUUCAUUUUUUAUUUUCCUUUAAACAACGCAUUGACAUAACCUUUAACAACGACACGGGCGGUCGAAAUGUUUGUUUUCACUCGACUCCGCACCGCCUGCACUCUCGCGUUUCAGUAGUUUCGUUAUCGCGUAGUGCCGUGCUGGUCUUGCUGACUCGCGAGACUCGCGCAAACUGCAAAUAACAGAGAAUUCCACUUUCAUGUGAUGUCGCGGCAUGCCUGAACGGUCCACGCCACUCAACCAAAACCAGCUUCAGCGGCGAAUCCGCCGGUCUACUGUCUUGGCUCGGUUUCUGCGUGGCCGCAUGUUUGCGUUUUGUGCAAAAAACCAUACUGCCAUCUGUACGGCAUCGUUUUACCCACAGACGGCAGCAAAGAGUGGUGAUGGCAUAUGCCUAGGGUUGGGUAGCAGGAGAUUUGAAUUGCGAUAAAGGUCAUCAUCAAUAGCCUAUAUUUAUGUCCACUGCAGGACGAAGGCCUCUCCCUGCGACUUCCAAUUAACUCUGUCUUGUGCUAGCUGAUUCCAACUUGCACCUGCAAAUUUCCCAACUUCAUCACCCCACCUAGUUUUCUGCCGUCCUCAACUGUGCUUCCCUUCUCUUGGUAUCCAUUCUAUAACUCUUAUGGCCCACCGGUUAUCCAUCCUUCGCAUACAUAACCUGCCCAGCUCCAUCUUUUCCUCUUAAUGUCAACUAGAAUAUUGGCCACCCCAUUUGCUCUCUGAUCCACACCGCUCUCUUCCUGUCUUAACAUAUGGGGCAGAAACUUGGAGGUGAACAAAGAAUCUCGAGAACAAGCUAAGGACCGCACAAAGAGUGAUGGAAUAUGCGAUGAAGGUAUUUGCAAGCAAAUAUGCAGCUUUAGAACAGCAAGAUGAAGAUAACAUAGAGGUAAUGAAUGAAACCGUAACUAGGCUGAUCUCAGAAGCAGCAAUUGAAGUGGGAGGUAAGGCACCAAGGCAACCAGUAGGUAAGCUCUCCCAAGUAACGAAGGACUUAUUUAAGAAACGACAAAGCAUGAAGGUGUCAAACUCAAGAGAUCGGAUAGAAUUCACUGAACUGUAAAAACUGAUCAACAAGAAGAAAGUAAGGGAUAACAGAAAUUAUAACAUGAGAAAGAUUGAGGAAGCCGUAAAAUAUGGACGCAGCACAAAAUCAGUGAGAAAACUUGGCAUUUGGACAAGGCGAGAUGUAUGCACUGAAAGAUAAGCAGGGUAAUAUUGCCACGACGAGCCUGCGUCUAGCUACUUGGGUUUCACUCGAACUUUUACUAGGGUACGGAAAUCAUACUACUGGCCAAAACUCGCCACUUGUGUUAAACGAUAUGUCCAAGCCUGCUGUGAAUGCCAGCGCCUAAAGUCUCCAAAUGUGAAGCUUGCGGGAUGGUUGAAUCCUAUCGAGCCGCCUUGAGGGCCCUUCGAUCAAGUCGGCAUGGACCUCCUGGGCCCGUUUCCGUUGUCUACUUCCGGAAAGAAGUGGAUAAUCAUCGCCACAGACUAUUUAACCCACUAUGCUGAAACAAAGAAUCUUCCUAAAGGCACAGCUUCUGAGGUUGCACAGUUUUUUUGUACAGAACAUUGUACUACGCCAUGACGCCCCAUCCUGUGUCAUCACAGAUCGAGGAGCGGCGUUUACGGCAAGGCUGCUAGCAGAAAUUUUUCAACUGAGUUACACCACGCACAGAAAGACAACUGCCUAUCACCCUCAAGCAAAUGGCUUGACCGAAAGGCUUAACAGAACGAUGACCAACAUGCUGUCGAUGUGCAGUCGCGAUCAAAAGUUUGGCGACCGUGAUUCCAGCAAAAAAUUUAAAUAUAUUCAGGUGUAGCUGCGCGGCCUGAAAUUGGUUUAAUGCAUCGUAUUGGCCAAACAAGCGCGCGUAUGCUUGCGCACUUGAUUUCAGCUGGAAUGCCCAGGCUGCAAAACAAAAAUUAAAAAUCGUCGCACCUUUGGUCUCUUAACUGUUGAU